GUGCGAUACUUUUGCAGUUCAUAGAAAUAUGCACUGCACCAAAUACGUCUGGGUCUGGAAAAGAGCGAACCUGUGAUGCGUUUUCCAGGUCACACAAAAAUCUGUGUAGUUGCAUGACUUGCAAAAGAUGCCCAUUUCUGGUCAACAUGCUGAGACGAGGGGGUAAUUUAUCCUGCAAAAGAGACAUCGCCAAGGGGCUGCAGAACUACCUGUGAUGCUGAGCCCUGCAUUUUUCCGGACCUAUUUGCAGUGCAUAGGAAGGCACGGCAAGCUAUGUUCGAAGCGAACGUGAAAGACAUCGAGGUUAUGGCGUUCUCAACUGUUACAUUCUCAACUGUUACAUGAUUUCUUUGUAAUGCAGAACAAACAUCAACACUCACAAGAUGCAGCUACUUCGCAUGACAAAUUUUCGAAAGGCUAAACAGCACCUAAAUCAUCUGUGCGGAAUUUGUAAUGCUAGUACAGGUGGAACCUCCGUGCUUUGACUUUUGCCAUUCUUGCAUCACAAAUCCAUGCAACAGUUGAGAAUGUAACAGUUGAGAACGCCAUAGAGGUUGCCGACGACUUCGACUCCCUCCAACUCGCGAAAAUCUCCCACGGCUACUCUAUCGAAGGAAAAAACUGUUUCACUGUAAACUUGUAUUAUGCAGAAAAAGCAUCUCGCAAGUGUUUGUCUUGCUACAAAUGCAAGACAGUGGAUAAUUUUGACCUGCGUUUUCCCUUAGGAACCUUGCAUGGCAAAUUUUCUCUGUCAUGUAGAACGAUGAACUUGUGAUGCAAAACCUGCAAUAAAAUCCUUACAGUGAAACAGUUUUUUCUGACGAUAUACUCCGGUGCAGACUUAAAAUCCGUGUGCCGCGAGGCCAGCAUGGCACCCUUGCGACGCGGCUAUCCUGAGGAAAAACGUCCCCACACCGGAGUCCAGAUGUUGGGAAAUCUGCUAGACAAAUCAUCAGGCUUCGGCUGUUGCGCAUGACAAAUUUGGGCUUUCAGUCUAGUGGUGUUUAGCUAGUGCAGCAGCACCACAGGUCUAGCGUACCAUGCGGAUUGGAGCAUCACACUAUAUCUCAAAACACUAAUAGAAGCUGCUUCUCAUGGGUCUCCGCAUGAGAAACAUUUUCAGCAUACAGAUUCGCAUUACAACUCUGGGGUGGGGACGUUUUUGCUCAGGAUAGCGGCUUGAUGGGCCUUACCGCCGCGGAAAUCCAGCACCGCAGACAGACGGGUACGAUGGAAAAGCCGCACCCGACGUUGCAAAAGGAUUUUUUGGACGCCCUGUUGGCGGUGCAGCCGAGUGUGGGGCAGGCGGACGUGGAAAAGUAUGAAUCCUGGACCAAUGAGUUCGGGACAAGAUGA